AUGGAGAUGCAAGCAGAAGCGGAAAGGAAAAAGAGGGCUCAAAUUCUUGAAUCUGAAGGUGAGGCUGAAGCCAUUCUUGCUAGGGCCAGAGCAACAGCUGAGGGACUUGCCCUUGGGUCAGAGGCACUAAAAGAAAAUGGUGGACUAGAGGCUGGUUUCUUUAAUUUGCUAAUGUUGCAUGGUUUACGACUUGUAUCAGCAUUAGGGCUAUAUUACAUUACCUUUGAAGUUUCAAGAAAAUCCGUUUGGGUGAUCCCACCUGGGGGCACAACGAUGUUGCCUCCUAGCUCCGCAUCCAAUCCGGCUAACAUGAUGGCUCAAGCUCUCACUAUGUACAAAACUUUGUUAGGUGAUGCUUCCAAUGAGAAAAUUGUCGGAAGCACACCCACUUCCAUGGGACAAAUUGAGGGGAACGAUUACUCUGACGAGGCUAAGAAGAAUAAGGGCUCAAGGAACAUGACUCAACAUGGAAGCCCUGCAACUUCUACAACGACUGAUAAGAGCGAAAAUAAUAAAGACAGACCCAUGUUCACACUUCAGAACCCCAAGAAGAGGGAAUAG